CUGGUGCAGAGAGAGAGAGAGAGAAUAAGAGCUCAGUACAUUAAUACCCAAGCUCAGCUUCAACAAAGCGUUUGCAGACCCUCAAUCACCAAAUCCAACCAACUCCAUCCAUCACUAAAGGCUUUGGAUUUCCUCGAGGGAUGGCGAUGAUGGUGAUGGCGAUGAUGGUGAUGAUGAUGAUGAAGGAGCUGCCCAGACUUUAAUGUGAAUGACUGCGUGUGCAUCCUGUUGUCCAAUCGCAGGAAGGGAGGAGGAUUCAGCCCCCAGCAGCAGCCACCAAACGCGUCUAUAAUUAAUUAGGAUUGGAAACGGAGCCGUUCGUGUUCGCACGCGCCUCAUCCGGAUGUGAUGUGAUGUGAUGCUUCAUCCUGAGAUAAUUAAGCACGGCGUCGGUCUUGUUGCGAUGCUCUUGCUGCUCUUCCUGAAUCCGAUCUCGUAAUAAUCUGUUGCCGAGCUGUGAGAUCUCCGGGAGCCGCACAUGCGUGACACCUGAUCGGUAAACGGAAAUCGGGUGGCCUCGAGGCUCCGGUAAAGCCUCACGUUUGUUGUGGUGUGUUGUGCGUGCGUGCGCGCGCGUGUGUGCGUGUGUGUGAACGCAUGAAGAGGACUGGUGUGUGAGUUGCAGUGGGGAAGUUGUGCCUGAUGGACUGUGAUGGGAGACGAUGAUCUUUAUGGCCGUCGGCGCCGCUUUGGUGAUGGUGAUAGCGCGCUGUGUGGACAUGAACGCGCUGCUCGAUCGCUUCCACAACUACAUCCUUCCUCAUGUGCGGGGGCCGGAGCGGGUGUGUCACUGCACCUGUGGCAGACACCGUGUGCAGUACGUGAUCCCGUACGAGGGUUCGAGCUCGCCAGACCGGGACCUUCCAGCAGGGGGCGGCAGUGUGACUAAGCAGGAAGUGGACCUGGUUCUGGGACUGCUGCUGGGCUUCUGUAUCAGCUGGGUUCUGCUGUGGCUAGACAGAACUCUACACCGGGUUCUGCGGGCUUGGAGAACCCACCCACAGAAAGACGUGUGGAGGUCGUGGAAGUGGGUGACGAGGAUGUGUAACGUACAGGAGCUACGCAGGCGGCUGCAGCAGCGCAGGAACAACGGCGGAGGGGACAACAACGUGGUACAUGUCAAACACAAACAUUACCACAACGGGCACCUGAGUCCACGCAGGCUCUAAUUUAUAUACACACACACACACUGCAGCAGGCAUCUAGGCCUAGAACGACUCUUUGGCAAUGGUCUUAAAGCAGCUCUCACAUUCUCUCACGCACACACAACUAAUUGAUGCUCCCCCUGAACUCACACUGACCUGUUUCUCCAAGGAUGUGACUGUAUUUAGCACACAGCAGGACCAAAGUCACUGAACUCAGUGUGUGUUUUUAUACACGUGCCCAUGAAUGAAGGUCCGGCGACUCCGCGCAGGGAUCGGAGCCGACUUGCACUUUCUUCCCUGCCCGAGGUUCUCCAUUUUUUGACGAUUAGAUAUUUAUUUUGCUUGCCGAUGUCUGUUUUUACGAGUUUUUGUGCAGACGUGCUAGUUUUGUACAGUGCCCUCGGGGUGAACAUACGGACAUUACAUAUGCGUUUGCAUUUUUUAGGUGAUUUUUUUGUGUAUCAGGGAUAAGUUUUUUGUGUCUAUUUUAGAAGAAGAAAAAGAAGAAGAAGAAAAAAGCAUGCCCACACAACUUUAGUACUGUGGUGCAGUUUCAUUCGUAAUUGGGGGGGUGGGGGUGUCGAUCUGUUGCUGUAAAUGGAGUUGUUGUAUAUGGAUACGGAGACGUCUAACGAGUCCUGUUUGUAUUUUUUAGUAAAAAUCGUGUGGUGUUGUGGGAUAAUAAUAAUAAUAUAAUAUAAUAUAAUAUAAGAAUAAUGUCUGCAUCUUCAACAAUGUUCAAGAAUGACAAGUUUAAGCUGCGGGGGGCGAGGACAUCUCCUCCUCCUCUUCCUCCUCUUCAAAUGUUCUCGUGCAGAUGUAUGUGUGUGUUCGAUUAAACGGCGAAG